CUGGUUUGGCCGCUUUGCGAAUCGCGCCUUUUUGAUAGAAUAGAACAGCUGAUCGUACUGUCGUUUUAUUUCAAAAUUACCGUUUUCCGUUCGUGCUGUUUUUUAUACACUCAUACGCUGCCAUUAAAAAUUAGACAUAUCUACUUGUUAAUUUUCUAUUGUUUUAAAUAUCAAAGAAAUAGUUUGAGAUCGAAUUUGAACCGUGAGGUCUCGUAAAAGUUUUACGCCUUGACUGUUGGUGUCUAAUGUCUAUGUAUUGUUUACUUUUGUCGUCAACCGUCGACUUUUGUGUUCGACCAACUUUUUGGUUCGAAGUCUUCAAAACUCACGUUAUUAUUCUCGAAAUAUCUGCAAAAGUAUUCCAUUCGUCGAUAAAAUAAAUCGUCGAAUUUUUUGAUCCCUUUGAGGUUCUCCUACGUUGAAAAUCGGUGUGAUUCUGAUUCACCAUGAACGAAUUCGACGACGAAGAAAACGUAAUCCGAAUAGAAGGAUUUAACGACGAAGAUGGACUUUACGACGAUUCCGAUUUCGACGAUUACUUAUUCAACCUGUGCAAAAAAUGUGAACGAGAAAACAAUUACGAAUACGUCAGUAAGGUGAAUACAUCUGUACUGUUCGGUGUACCCAAACUGAAAGAUAUCGCCUGUGUUAGCGUCGCUGCAGCGUUAUGGAAUCACCUCAACAUACCUCGAGCCGUAUGCGAAGUAACGAGAAAAUGUACCAAGACCAGCCAAGAAUGGAAAUCGUUACGUCGACAAGUUGUUGAAUUGAGCGCCAAAUUACUCAUUCCUCACAUCUCCGCCGCCGAAAUCAAUAAAUACGUAUAUAAAAUGGAGAAGGAAAUCACCAACUGGGUAUCGUAUCAUUACCGAACCGUGUUUUUCGAAUAUGGACCUGAUAAAUACGUCUAUAGUCACCUAUAUCAUAUCGUAUGGCGUUCCAAUGGUACGAUCGAUUACGUAGAAACGGCCAAAAAUAUGACAACGUCGCUGAGGUUAAGCCAAGUCGAAAAGUUUCGGUUUUUGGCUACGUAUUGUUUAAAAGACGAAAUGAAAAACGUGUUGCCGGAGCAGUUUUCAAAAAACGUGAUGGAUAUCGUGCCUUUCUGCAAGUAUCCAAUGAUUUAUUAUUGGAGUUGUCAUUUCAAAAACGAAUGGGAUAACCUAAUUGAUUUAGCGUUUGGAAACGCAUCUAGGGUCGAUGUACUCAUGUUUGAACACGAUAAAGUCGAUAAUUGGCCAGCCAAAGAGUAUUUCUUCGAUCGCCUCAGCUCAACGGAACAGGUACAAGAAGCUAUCUGGAUAAUCGAUAAACAUGGCAUCACGUAUCAAAAAUUAAUCUUGAUGAAGUUAACCGAAACGCAGCGUUUGCAAGUUUACGUAGCUCGAGCUAUGCAAAUCAUUAUUAAUUACACGCAUCCUCGCGUCAGCUCGAAGAAUAUCCUUUCAACUUGGUUCGAUAUUCGCAACGUCGUCAAACCGGAAGAGUUCGUGUUGAUAUUUCGUCUACUGUUGCAGGAUAAUAUCAGCCCGGCUGUUUUGACUGAUAUAUGGAUGAACGCGUCGACUACCCAGAGAACCUGCGUGCUUCAAAAUCACGAAUUCGUAGAAAACGUGAUGUUUUCUUGGAGAUGGGCCGCCAGUAGUGAUUUUCUAUGCACGAUGUUGUUCGAUGCGAAUCCCGGUAUCAAGAAAAGCAUCGUUGAAAAGGAUUUCUUCCUUCGAUACUGCGACCAUUUAUUAACUCGAGAUAGAAUAUCGACGCUGAAUUCGCUGCUAAAUUUAUGCUUCGCAGACGCCCAAGAAUUGAUGGUCUUCAAGCACCAACUCGUCAAUAAUUCGCAAUCUCUCAAGGACCGAUGCUUAAACUAUUACUCGUGCGGUAACUUCGACUACGUUAAUCGUUUACUGGUCCAAAUUCUGUCUCCGUAUCCGAACCUUAUUCAAGACUACAAGAAGAAACUGCUGACGUCACCGGAUGGUAUUUUAAAGCGCGUUAUCACCAAUUCAGCGAUCGCAGCUGAAAUCGUGCUCUCAACGUGGUACGAUAUUUGUAAUCUAAUUACACAAGAUCAAUUCGUGCUGAUAUUCCGAGUCCUGUUCAAAACACGCCCGGAUGAUUCUCUACUGAAAAAAAUCUGGAUGAGUUUACCUAGUAGCUCGAUCAGACAACACCUGGUUUGUCAGAACGAUUUCGAAUUCGUACAGCAAAUGUUACAUUCAGAAAGUACAACUAUGUUCUUUUAUCACGAUUUGCUAUUUGCAGUUUUGCAAGAUCUCGACGAAAAUAUCAAAAAAGCCAUCGCUCAGAGACAGUUUUUCGUCGAUUUUUGCAUCAAGUUAAUUGAAAGAUCCUGCAUAUUGGCGUUCAAUCAACUAAUGAGUGUAUUUUUCAAAGCCGCCGAAGAAUCGAUGCAGUUCAAAUGGAAUCUCGUUCUUGGUUCGAAAUUCGUCAGAAAUAAGUGCGUGACUUGCUACGAAAACAUCGGCGCUUUGAAUGAUUAUUUGGGCCAGUUUUUAUCGCCGGAGCUCAUCUUGCAGUACAAGAUUCAUCUAUUGACGUCGCCACGUGGUAUUUUCGCGACGACGACGAAAUUCGCAAACGUUCCUGGUAGGUUCGACCAUAUGCUUCGAUUAUGGCUCGAGAUUUGUAAUUUUAUCACCGAAGAUCAAUUCGCAUUCACGUUCUGCGAAUUAGUAAAACGUCGAGCCAGCGAAGAAAUUCUUUUCCGGGUUUGGAAUAGCGUUGAAGAUAGAUUCAAAUACCACCUGCUGGAUUACAACGACUGUCAAGCUGUCGGCGACGUGUUUACAUUACGAAAAGAAGUCAAAUGGGAGUCUAUAUUUCAAACUAUGCUGGGUUAUGGAAACGCUGAAUAUAGAAAAAAUCUCACCACCAAGGAAUUUUUUAUCAACUAUUGCGAUAAUCUAUUCGCCAACGAUAAAUUACCAGAGUUGAAUGAUUUACUACGCUCGUAUCUUCAGGAUGACGAAGAAAUAGAUACAUUUGUAAAAAAUCUUUUAUUUAAUUCGAAAAGCGUGAAAAAUCGUUGUCUAAACUUCUACACGACCGGUGACACGGUAGGUCUAAACGACUACCUGAAUCAACUCUUUUUGUCUAAUCUGGAUUUAGUCAACGAAUACAAAAAGGAUCUCGUCAUGUCGCUAGACGGCAUAAAAAAGUGCUUCAAGCUUAUUUUCAAAGACACCGACGUCAUUACCCCUAUCAUAGAAGACAGCAUCCCUGAUGCGAGACUGGCAGCUCGAUACAAACAAAAGAUGGUCUUUUCCUCAUCAGUCAUUCGCUCUUUUCAACACAUGCUGAUAAUAAAUCGUCUAAAUACCGUGCAAACCAUUGUCGACCGAUUCCUGACCGCAGACGAAGAUAAGCACGCGCUAAAGAAAUUAAUCUUCGUGGAUCCCGUCAACCUGAUGUUUGGUAUAUUACGUAACUACGACGAGACGUAUUGGCAAUCUGUAUUGUUGUGGUAUUUCGGAAACUCGACCUUGGUGGACGAUUUUAAGAAAGGGUUAGCUGUUGAUACGAUUUUCGACGAUAUGCUGAAACAAUGCGUUUUUGAAAAAUACGAUCGUUUGUUAACUAAAUGCAGAUUUCAACGUAAGGUCAGUUUCGACAUGUUGGAUCGAUUUUUAACGUGGUAUUUUCAGUCGCCGAAUGCCAUAAAUGAGUAUAAAAUGAAGAGGAUCGAUGCGCACAGGGAGAUCGAGAUGAUAGCUACGUUGUUGAGAAGGAAAACGAUCGACGCGUGUUUGAAAAUGAUUUUGAAAUGGGUUUUCCAAAACGAUGUGCUGAAAAUCGCGGAAUUCAAGAUGAAAAAUAAGUAUAGUAAAAUUGCUGAAGCGAUUUAAGAAUUAAGAUUUUCGUUGUUGUUUAUUUUAUUGAAUUAUUGAGACUAUUUUACUAUGUGAGUUAAUUUAGUUUAGUUUUUUUGUCCGGUGAUUCAUCUGUCAAAUGUGUUAUUAUAGGUACAUAUAAGAUCCAAGAUCGUAUGAAAUUUAAUAUGUAGAUAUGUAGUAGUAGGUACUUGUAUUAAUUUUAUUGUUUUUGUAAUUUGUACUCUUCUCGUGGUCUUUUGCUUUCUUUUUUAAUUUUCCGCCUUUCCGGUGUUAUUGUUUUAUUUCUUGAUUGGAGAACUAAGCUAUGAAUAUUUAUAAAUGACUUUAUUCAAUUAAACAUUGAAGAAAAUUA